AUGUAUGACGGCUUUCAGUUUGUAGGGCGUAUCCCUUAUCCCGUCACCGAGCCAAAGCACCUGGUCGUGGCCAGCGAGGUUGCGACGAUGGAGUUCCUCCGCUCGCACGAUAUACGAGUACCCAAGAUUUACAGUUACUCUUCUACGUCAGAUAACGCUGCUGGCACCGAAUACCUCUUCAUGGAGCGAGUUUGCGGAACACACUUGGGAGACAUCUGGUUUGACCUUUCUGAAAAGGCUAGAAUCACUGUCGUCACUAACCUCGUGGAGUUGGAGUCUCGGCUCUUCUCUCUUGAAUUUCCAGCAAGUGGUAGUCUGUACUACACCAAGGAUUUGCCAGCUGGGUUCAACAAGGUCGACAUUCCGACGCCGGAAUCUCCAUGCGAUGCUCGCUUUUGCAUUGGUCCUGACACAAGACUUCACUUGUGGCAUGGUAAAAGGCUUCAUAUCCAGACCGAUCGUGGACCAUAUGCAGCAGCCACUCUUGAAGCUGGGGCCAAGAAGGAGAUUGCAUGUUUGACAAAAUUCGGUCGUCCGCUCCACCCUUUUCAACGUCUGCGCCGAGAAAUAUACGGCUACCAAAAGCAAUCGCCAUCUGAGCACCUAGACAAUCUGGACAAAUACCUGCGAACCGUGCCAUAUCUUAUAUCAGAUAGCAACGGUGUCUUGACCCGCCCUACGCUAAGACAUCCCGAUCUCCAGCCCAACAACAUUUUCAUCUCUAAGGAUCUCGGUAUAACUGGCCUCAUCGACUGGCAACACUGCGCAAUACUCCCGCUCUUUCUGCAAUGCGGAAUACCAAACAGCUUCCAGAAUUACGGCGACAGUGUCUCGGAAUCGCUCACCCCCCCUGAGGUGCCACCCAAUUUCGAUGAGCUAAGCGAUAGCGAACAGUUCCAGGAAGUUUUGCUCCUACGUCGGCGUCAAUUGCACUACUUCUAUGUCACAGCCACCGAAAGAUUGAAUCCAGUGCACUACCACGCCCUAACGUACAAGUUCAGCACGCUAAGACGCAAGCUUUUCGACCACGCAAGUUCUCCUUGGGAAGGAGAUAACGUGACGCUCAAAGCCAACUUGAUUUGUUUGACGAAGAACUGGGCUGAUGUAGUUACUUCUGAAUCGAGCACAAACGACACUGCAAAGACCCUAUGCCCUAUCGCUUUCUCUGAAGAGGAGGUGAGCGAGUGCCUGCGCCUCAAUGCUGCGCAGAUUGAGGCAGACGAACAACUCCAAGCUUGCAGGGAUGUUGUCGGUAUUGGGCCCGAAGGGUGGGUGCCGGUGGAGCAGUAUGACGAGAUAAAGCAAAAAGAAAAUCAGCUCAAGGCUGAUGCACUCGAAGCAGCCGAGUCCGAGCAGGAACGACAAGAGCUACGCGAACACUGGAUUUUCGGUGACUUUGAUGAAGAGGAGUAUUCGUAA